AUGAGUCAAUGUCAUGCUGCUGCUGUUCAUCACAGUAGCAUCAAGUAUUCAAGUGCAUCGACCACGAAAGAGAAGCCCUGCUUCAGUUCAAACAAGGUUUUCAAGUUGAAAAUUGUGGCCUGCUCAUCACUUCUUGGGGAGAGCAACAAGACUGCUGUCAAUGGCGUGGCAUUCGCUGCAACAACCUUACAGGCAAUGUCAUCAUGCUUCAUCUUCCAGGACAUUAGUCUUUCUCGCAACGAUCUCAAUCACACUUGGAUAUUCCAAUGGUUGAUCAACUUGAGUAGAAACGGUAACAAAUUUGUUCAUCUUGAUCUUUCUGAAAACUCACUUUCUGGGCCUCUCCCAAGUGCAUUUGGUGAAAUGUACACUCUUUCAUCUCUUUGUCUCUCUUAUAAUCAACUUGAAGGUCUUGUUCCGGACUAUUUCUUAAACUUAACUUCACUUCGAGUUCUUGAUCUCUCCUCUAAUAAUUUUCAGGGUCUCUUUCCCUUUGCUUUGUCAAAGCUAAGGUCUCCUAGAGCUCUCUCUAAUGGUUCCUUCUCAAAAAACCUCAGUAAUAAUAUAUGCAACUUGCAAGAACUCCACUUAGAUGAUAACAACUUUGGUGAUGAUUUGUCCAAUGUUAUUCAUAUAUUAUCAGUAGGAUGUGCAAACAAGCCGUGUUUAGAGUCUUUGAAAUUGGGUAUGAAUAAGUUCUGGGGUUAUGUUCCUGACAUAAUCAACACAUUUUCUUCAAUUAGAGAAUUACGUCUAAACGAUAACUUGUUGAAUGGCACGAUUAGUCAAGGUAUUGGGCAACUUUCUAUGCUUGAGAUAUUGGAUGUUUCUAAUUCUUCUUUAAACGAUACUCUCAACCACAACCACUUCUUACAUCUUUCAAGGUUGCGUGAAUUGCACUUGUCAGACAACUCAGCACUGCUGUUCACAGUAGCAUCAAGUGCGUUGAUCACGAAAGAGAAGCACUGCUUCAAUUCAAAAAAGGUAUUCAAUUGGAUGUUUGUGAUCUGCUCACUUCCUGGGGAGAGCAACAAGACUGCUGUCAAUGGCGUGGCAUUCGCUGCAGCAACCUUACAGGGUCAGGGGAUUACCUCCAUCUUUGAGCUAAAACAUUUGAAAUAUUUGGACCUCAGUUCGAAUGACUUUUCUGAUCAACUCAUUCCUGAAUCCAUUGAUUAUCUCACCAAUUUAGAGCACCUCAAUUUGUCAUAUUCCGGCUUUAUGGGUAGAAUUCCUGAGACGCUAGGAAACCUUACAAAAUUAGCAUCACUUGAUCUCAGUGGUAAUUAUAACUAUGACAGUCGUGUCCAAUCCAGCUUGCGGUGGCUUUCCCAUCUCUCGCUUUUAGAGUACAUCAAUUUGAGUGAUAUUGAUCUUAGUAAAGCCACAAAUUGGGUCCAAAUUAUUAACAACCUUCCUUUCUUAAGAACCCUUUACAUGGAAAAUUGUCAGCUUUCUUCAACAAUUCCAUCACCCUUGUCAUACAUCAAUUCUUCAACUUCUCUUAAGGACAUUAGUCUUUCUGGCAACCAUCUCAAUCACACAUGGAUAUUCCAAUGGUUGUUCAACUUGAGUAGAAAAGGUAACGAACUUGUUCAUCUUGAUCUUUCUCAUAACUCAUUUUCUUGGCCUCUUCCAAGUGAAUUUGGUGAACAUGAUAAUCAACUUGAACUCGUUCUUGACUCUUUUUCAAACUUAACUUCACUUAGAGUUCUUAAUCUCUCCUAUAACAAUAUUCAUGGUUUUCCUUAUGCUUUGUCAAACUUAAGGUCUCUUAGAGUUCUUUCUCUGUCUUACAAUAACCUUCAUGGUUCCUUCUCAAAAAACCUCAGAUGUGCAAACAAGCCGCGUUUACAGUAUCUGGAUUUGCGUAUGAACAACUUCUGGGGUUCUGCUCCUGACAUAAUUAGCACAUUUUCUUCAAUUAGAGAAUUACAUCUAAGCGGGAACUAUCUGAAUGGCACGGUAAGUCAAGGUAUCGGGCAACUUUCUAUGCUUGAGAUAUUGGAUGUUUCUAAUUCUUCUUUGAAAGAUACUCUCAACCACAACCACUUCUUACAUCUUUCAAGGUUACGUGAAUUGUACUUGUCAGACAACUCAGCACUGGUGCUCAAUAUCAGUACUGGCUGGAUUCCUCCCUUUCAAUUAGACAUAACUACCUUGAGGGUGCAAUCCCAUUGUUUUUUGAAGUUGGAUUUCAUAAUGCUUCCUACAUAUACUUAA